UUAAAGUGCUAUCCCUUGUGCUGCAACGUGAGUAAAGAGAGCUAGUUCGGCAUUCAUUAUAGAGACAGACCUGUUUAUGUGUCCUCUCCGAAUGUAAGGAUGGAAUACAGGCAGCAGGCACCCGUUUUUCAAGCGAAGAGCGGUUAUCCGCUACUCGCGAAUCCGCCACGAGUCGGGCUACCCGGCGCACCGUUGAGUGCAGGUCCUGCGCCAACUGUGGUUUCAAGUAGCGGGGUCCGCUACGAGCACGUUCCGUCCUCCGCGAAUUCGAGUAGCAUUCGUGUCGUCGCUGGCAACGCAUCAUCCACCUCAGGUCAGAGUCUAUUAUCGACAAGUGGCGUCACAACGGCUCUGGCACCGAAAGUGAUAUCCUAUGCGAGCAGCGGUUCCGUACCUGGUGCGCAAGUGAGUCGAGCGCCGGCCGAAGUAGGCGGUGCGGCACAUCAGUUGUCUUCGACGAGUGGCUACACGACGAGGCACCUGAACGCGGCUGCAUCUACGGUAGCAGCAACAACAGAAGCUGUUUCUUCGACAAGCUGUCGUCUUCAGCAAGUAGUUUACCACCAGCACGCUUCUGGCCCGACUGCCGGUGCCCCUUCCAUCACUCGGAUUAGUGCGACUUCUGUUGGCACGACCUCAAGCACUCCCAGCGUGACGACCACGACAAGAAUACCAGCAUCAUAUGGCCUCACGCCCGGCAGCAGGGUGAUUUCCACGCGCGUUGUAUCAACACGAACAUCGCCGACAACGACAUCGAGAGGAGCUCCAGCGUCGCCGCUAACUGCUGACGCUAUUGCCGCACCCAGUGCAAAGGUUGCUACGCAGCAGUCUGCUCAUCAUAGUUCAGUCCCUGCAGAUCAUGUGAACAAGAACAACACGGCUCAGCAUUCCACCACUCAGCAAAAGAAAGCUGAGAAUCGGUCUUCAUCCUCAUCAGAAGGAUCAGCGGCGAGCGCGAGACCGACAGAAUCGCGGACAUCAACUACUGGCACGUUGUCUCCACAGAAACGAGUGAGCGCGUCGACGACGGUUGUAAAAUUAGCUGCUGUACCCCUGUCCAGCUCCUCCACGAGCAACACUAGCGGUCGUGUCAGUAGCAACGAAGCGAGAUCGGCAUCUUCUGGGUCAAGUUCUUCAGUCAGCGGAGCGGGUUAUAAAGGGAGAAAAAGCUCAAGUGCCGUGGAUACUUCAGAAUCAUCAGCAAAUAAAAGUGGUGCGAAGACCGAUGCGAGGUCUUCGACAUUAUCGUCACGAGCAGGGGACGGACAAAAUGCAUCUUCGUCAGGCCGUAGAUCCGGAAGUGCCGUUAGCUCGCCUUUAGCACACCUAGUGAACCAAAAACUAGAUGCAACAGAGGCAGCAAGACACGGGCUUCGGGCGGGAGACACCGUCCUCUUUUCUGAAGUCGUGGAUGACACCAGACGGAGCAGCAGCACGUACUUUCGACUGGAUGGCAAGAUGUUUAAGACCAGAGAUGAGAUGGACGCCUACAUGCGCGACAAGAAAAGUGGCCCGGCGGCGAAAACAGUGAGCCAAACCACGUAUCGCUACGAUCCGUCCACAACAGGAGGCCAGAAGGAAGACCAGCUCGUGUUUCAUUCAGAAAAGGACUUCAAGCAAUACAUGAAGGAGAAUGAGGUGGACCAGAAGGCGCCGCCACGAGUGACAAUGCGGCUUCUGGAUGGAGAUCAGGUUAUCAGAUGACCAGGAUCGUUCUGUCAUUCUUGUGCUUGCAAAACCUAUUACAACAGCACGUCCUUGUAUUCGCACCAAACCGUUCUUUUCAAUGUCAUUUUUUUGGAAAACAAUGUAGAAUAUUUAUCACAAGUGAAGAGGAAUAGGCUAGCAUCCUUCCAUUUUUUCAGGAAGUCGACCCGGAGACUCUGAAUCCAGUCAACCCGAGCCAUAGAGCCUAUCUUGGCAGAACCAGUACUGCACUGCCUGCUUCAACUGCGACUGCAGAGGAAAUAGAGAAGGAAAUUGUGACACAAAUGAACGAAGAGACGGGAAGUUGGAAAACCGUAGUGCGCGACCGAGAAACAAAGGAGAUCGAACUUGUUGUUAACAGAGACACAGCCGAUUUCUUUCUCGCUACUGUUGGUGGGGAAACCUCGGCGACUGCGACAAAUGCCAGUGGGGCAGACGCGGUCGGCGGGGGAAAAAAUUACGACUGGAAGACUCAGGAAAUAAGAAUUGCCAUCUUGACGAGGAAGUUCUUGUUCAAGUCGGUGUUAGAUUUUUGAGCAGAAGUUGGGAAAACUUUCUUCAUGUAACAAAUAGAAGGAGACCUGAAUGAAUUCACGAAUAGCUUCUUGUAGUUGACGCAUAAUUGAGACUCAUCUGAUGUACUCCUGUGCAUGUACUCAUUACCAUUUCUAAAAUACAAAGCAAGGAGAGCAAGAGAAGCUUUACACCCUGGAGCAGUGGGAGUUUGUGGAACAGCUUACGGCAUUGCAGCUUCAGGCACUCGUAAAAGACCUCGGACAGCGUAUGCUAGAGGUGUCAGGCGACUACAAGGAACAGCAAAAAGUCAGGGACGAAGAGGCCGAAAAAGAAGCCUUGGAAUUUUUUGGUCUCGACGGUGAUAGCAGCACCCUGAAGCAUGCCUCGGCUGCGUACUUUCUUUACUAUACUUUACAGAAGCAUGCCUCGGCUGCGUACUUUCUUUUAUUAUACUUUACAAUAUUUCGGUUGUCACAGGUUAAUUCUAAAGAAACAAGAGGUAACGUUGUUUAGACAUUUUUUAUUGAUUUUUCAAAUACAAAUCAGUGCCAGGUGGAUGCCUCGAUGAUUUGCAACUUUUUUAUGCCCACGACCGUCCACAUAGGUACAAGAAGAAGGCAAAAGAGAUGCAUCCGGAUAAGAAUGGGGGAACGGAUGAAGCGAAGCAAGCCUUUCAGGAUAUGCGGGCUAUGUAUGACCUCGUCAAGUCCCGCUUCGACCAUCCAGGCGCUGAAGAUAGGACCGCCUCUGUGAGUCCAGGUACUUUUCGUUUUCUAAAUGAUUUUGGUUUCUUGUUUCCAUUUUGCAUACCUCUUUUCUGUGAACCACUAGCUUGAGGCCCUACUUAUCAGUUUAAUUGAUGGAAAAAUGCGUUUUCGUGCACCUAGUAGCUUUAGAGUCGUAUAUGACAGAAAAAAGUGUACUCAUACUCAAGAAAAGAGGUUUUUUCCUACUUAGAAAGUGCCUACUUUCUUGAGGAUGAGUACACUUUUUCGCUUCAUAUCGUAUGGACAACGUUUAUAUGCAGAACUUUAGGUGGAAACGAAACGAUAGGAAUAAACACAUGAACCCAACAUAAAUCGGAGCGUUAACCAGUAGCGAACGACGCGAGUAAAUGCGUCGCAAUCAUACAAUUCGAAUACAAUUAAAUAAGGGCGAACUCGCAUCAUUUGCGCACAAUUGGGCGAGCAAUCUAAAGGAGCGCCCACAGAUUCACGCGGCAGAUUCUGCUCCAACACAAUGAGAAACGACAGAACUAGGAAGCGCGGCGUGGAGCAGUGGCGGCGAACAAGAUGGCAAUGCGCCGCAUGUUGCAGAUUUUCACGGCUCCGAGAAUGUUCGCGAUUAUUUGACUGCGGCGCGUGCUUCAUGAGUAUCUUUAGCCCUCGCGGGCGAGUUGUUUGCUUCGACGCGCUUGCGCAACAGGCAAGAAAAUCAAACACGUCCAGCGAUGCGCAGCGACUGCGUCAAAAAUGUAGGAGUUUGGAAAUAGCGGCCGGACAGGUUCAGCAAAUCGAUAAAAAACGGGGAGGGGGGGGCAGCAACGCCAUGGAUGGACUUGAAUGAGAAGCGAUGGAGUAAGUAUCUAUAUCGCCAUGCCAGUGCGCUGCGAGUCAAGUCCGGCGCGCCUUAUUCGCUUAAUUACUUAGCAAAACAACCCCAAAGCCCAGACUUUUGCACGGCUCAACCCUCCACAGAUGUCCAGUAAGUAACUCAAACAGAUGGGCGCAGUGCGGAUCCCUCUGAGUGCCUAAACUCUCAAAAUUUGCAGGGCUGGCUUAAAGCCUCAACAGAUAGCCAGCAAACAGCUCAAACAGAUUAGCGCCGCGCAGGCUUCUCAGUUCUCACCUCAAUGCAGCAGCUGCAGCAUGGCCCCGCACUCGAGCUCGACGAGACAACCCCCAGGCCCUUUUCUUUGAAAAGCGCAGCGAACCAGAACCCCUAACAGAUCGCAAGCAAACGGCUC